AUGUCGAGCUCGCCGGAACCCGAAGCCGCCAAUGGCUAUUCGCGCUUGGUCGUCCGUGAUGACGGUGGUGCCAAUGGCGAUGCCCAUGGCGAGAGCGAUAUGUCCGAGGUGGACGAGUCGAUAACUGCUCGUCCACACACUUCUGCCUCAGCCGACUACGACCAAUCCGCUGACGAACACGAAAACACCUUUGAAGAAGAGGAUCAAGAGGCCAUUGCUUCUAGUGAAUCUGAUAAUGACAACCCCACUGAUGAUGCCGACUUCGACAUGGAGGAAAGCGCCGCUGCUUCACACAGUGACGGCGCCCAGGACGAGCGGUCGGCGUCCAAUAGCUCCCGACAGUCGAACAAGCGAAAAGCUACGAAUGAUGAGGAGGAUUACAUCAAAGCCAAUCCAGAGCUGUACGGUUUGAGAAGAAGUUCUCGACCCAGCAAACAGUCCAAAGUCGUCGAUUCCGAUGAUGAGGACUCGGAUUCCGAUGUCGUGCCCGUCAGCAGACGCUCGACGAAGAGACGACGCGUCGAGCAGAUCUCUCAGCAAUCUUCCAAGCGAGCGACUCCGGUGCGACAAACCCCUGCCGAUGAUUCUGAUUCAGACACGUAUGGCGGUGCCCGCGCAAAGGCUUUCACCAAGAAGGCACGUCGUCAAGCCCAGGCACCUACCGCGGCUGUAUAUACCGAAAAGCGAUGGUCGAGCAGGAACGCCGCGAAAAAGGUCCAGGCUGGUAUGUACGAAGAGAGUGAUGUCGACGACGAGGACGACGAAGUCACCCCGGCCUAUUGGGGUGAGGAUCUAGCCGACGACUCGCCCUACAUUGAAAAGGUCGUCGGUCAUCGCGUCAGGGAUGGCGGUGAUCUAGCUUACGACGCUACGAAAGAGGACUUUGAGUUCAACAUCAAAUGGGAAGGCAAAUCACAUCUUCACAAUACUUGGGAUUCUUGGGACACCCUGAGAGGAUACCGUGGCGUCCGCAAACUCGAAAACUACUAUCGCAAAGCCGUCGAGUAUGAGAUUGACCUCAAGUUCGCUGGGGACGACAUCCCACCCGAGACUCGCGAACAAUACCUACUCGACAAGGAGCGCGAGCAGGAUGCCCUCUCCGACUACACAAAAGUCGAGCGUGUCGUUGCCGAACGAAACGGCGACGAGGGCAAGGAAUACUUUGUCAAGUGGAAAGGUCUUACCUAUGAGUGUUGUACUUGGGAGCUUGCUUCUACUAUUCGCGACGAUGCCCAAGAUAAAAUCGACCAGUUCCUCGAUCGCCAAGCGCGCACGUGGACGUCUGACAAGUACGAGACGAACCUGAAUACCAGAACCAAGUUCUUGAAACUUGAGAAGCAACCCGAUUUCAUCAAAGGAGGCGAGUUGAGAAACUUUCAACUGACCGGAUUGAACUUCCUCUGCUUGAACUGGUGUCGUGGCAACAAUGUCAUUUUGGCCGAUGAAAUGGGUCUGGGCAAGACAGUUCAGAGCGUUGCUUUCUUGAGUUGGCUGCGCAACGAACGCCAACAAGAAGGGCCCUUCCUGGUUGUCGCACCUCUCAGUGUCAUUCCUGCUUGGUGCGAUACCUUUAAUCUGUGGUCACCAGAUCUCAACUAUGUCGUGUAUCUUGGAAACAGCGAGGCUCGCGCUACGAUCCGCGAGCAUGAGCUGUUGAUCAACGGCAAUCCCAAGAAGACAAAGUUUAAUGUCUUGGUCACAUCCUACGAGUACAUUCUCUCCGACGCCGAUUUCUUGCGUACACUCAAAUGGCAAGCACUCGCCGUCGAUGAAGCUCACCGCUUGAAGAACAAGGAAUCUAAGCUGUAUGCCGAGCUGGUCAGCUUUGGCGCCCCUUCAAGGCUCCUCAUUACCGGUACGCCCAUUCAGAACAAUCUGGCUGAGCUUGCCUCUCUUCUUGAUUUCCUGAACCCGGGCAAAGUCGUGAUUGAUGAGGAUCUCGAAACAUUGCAAAGCGCAGACGCUCAAGAGAAGCUCCAAGACCUCCAUGCUGCCAUUGCACCUUUCAUUCUCCGCCGUACCAAAGAGACGGUCGAAUCUGAUCUGCCCCCAAAGACGGAGAAAAUCAUUCGUGUUGAGCUGUCUGAUGUUCAGCUCGAGUAUUACAAGAAUAUCCUGACACGCAACUAUGCUGCUCUCAAUGAGGGCAACACGGGACAAAAGCAGUCCCUACUCAACAUUGUGAUGGAGCUGAAGAAAGUCAGCAAUCAUCCCUACAUGUUUCCUGGAGCCGAGGAGCGGGUCCUCGCCGGGAGCGAGCGGCGCGAGGAUCAAAUCAAGGGUCUCAUUACAAGCAGCGGAAAGAUGAUGCUUCUGGAUCAACUUUUGACAAAGCUUCGUAAGGACAACCAUCGUGUACUGAUCUUCAGUCAAAUGGUCAAGGUCCUUGACAUUCUUGGAGACUACCUUCGCCUUCGUGGCUUUCAGUUCCAACGCCUUGACGGUACGGUCGCUGCAGGACCUCGUCGUCUUGCCAUUAACCAUUUCAAUGCCGAAGACAGCCAAGAUUUCUGUUUCCUUCUCUCGACCAGAGCUGGUGGUCUUGGAAUCAACUUGAUGACAGCAGAUACGGUCAUUAUUUUCGACUCCGACUGGAACCCUCAAGCCGAUCUGCAAGCAAUGGCCCGAGCUCACCGUAUCGGCCAGAAGAAACCUGUCAUGGUUUAUCGAUUGGUUUCCAAGGAAACCAUUGAAGAGGAAGUCCUUGAACGUGCUCGUAACAAGCUCCUCCUCGAGUACCUGGCCAUUCAAGCUGGCGUCACGGAUGAGGGCAAGGCUUUCCGAGAGGAAUUCAAACAACGAGGUCUCAGAGUCGACGAGGCCAAGUCAGCUGACGACAUCCAAUGGAUCCUGAAAAUGCGCUCGCAGAAGAUGUUCGAACAGUCAGGCAAUCAAGAACGCUUGGAGCAGCUAGAUAUCGAUUCCAUUCUCGAGAACGCAGAGGUCACAAAAACUCAAGUCUCGGACAAAAUCAAUCUCAGUACUGGUGGCAUUGAUUGGGACAACUUUAUGCAAUACACCGAUGUCAAGGUUGAUGACCUGGCACUGGAUUGGGAUCAGAUUAUACCUGCGGACGAGCUGGCUGCCAUCAAGGCUGAUGAGGAUAAGAAGAAGAAUGACGAGUAUCUUCAACGGGCCUUGGAGGAGAGUGCCCCCAGACGUGCAGCGCUCAAGGGUGCACAAGCCAAUGGCGAUUCCGAGCGAGCCGAGCGCGCGGCUAAGAAGCGCGAGCGAGAGCAGCUGAAGCAGGAACGGCUCGAGCAACAGAGAGCCCUUCGUACCAACCCUAAGCGUCCACUAAACGAGAAGGAGAUGCGCAACCUGAUUAGGGCAUUCAUGCGUUAUGGUUACUUUGACGACCGCCCAGAUGAGCUCCUCCGUGACGCCCGCCUCAGUGAUCGAGAUCGAGACUUUAUCCGCGGUAUUCUCGAGGAUCUUGUUGCCACAGCCCAAGAGGCGAAGGACAAGAACAAUGAUGAUCUUCGCCAGCAAGAGCAGCAAACCAGGAAGAAGCUGACCAAAAAGGACGUCAAGGCGGUCAUGUUUGACUUUGGUGAGAUCAAGAAGAUCAACGCUGAAACCAUUCUUGAGCGACCACCUCAGUUGCGGCUCCUUCGUCGCAUUAUCAGGGAGCAACCAGACUUUAGGAACUUCCGUCUUCCCGAGGCAACAAAAGCAGCACAUUACAGCUGCGAAUGGGGGGCCAAAGAGGACGGGAUGCUGAUGAUUGGCCUUGAUCGCUAUGGUUUUGGAGCUUGGACAAACAUUCGAGACGACAAGGAACUAGAGAUGGCGGACAAGUUCUUCCUCGAGGAGCACCGCGUGGAAAAGAAGGCAGCACGUGAACAAGCAGAGGCCAAGGGUGCCAAGGCUCCUGGUGCCGUUCACCUUGUUCGUCGCUCUGAAUAUCUCCUGUCAGUCUUGACGGCUAUUCAUUCGGAUGACGUGGAGGCCAAACGCGUUGUUGAAAAUCAUCAUCGCAACAACAAGAAGUCAGCUCAUGCUCUUGCAAAUGGCCACCGCAGCAAAAACGCUACAUCCGCCUCGCCUGUACCCCGAAAGAAGGAGUCGAGGGAUCGUGAUCGCGAUCUAAUUCGUACGAAUUCCCGUGAUCACGGUCGGUCGCGUGAGGUAGAUGGGGACUCUAGGGACUCUAGCCGUCUCAUUCCCAAGCGCAAACCUAGUGGUGGUCUAGAUGAAUCAGCACGACGCAAGCAUCCUCGUGUUGAGACUGAGAAGGAAGAUUCUCCCGAGGCUCGCAGGCGUCAACAGGAACUGGAGGAAGAGGAUGAUAAGAAGAAUGCUCACAUUAUUGAAGCCCUGAUGCAGCCAAUUUGGGAAUCUGUGCAGCGGGUAGAGUCAUGCACCAGAGCCAAGAUUCCGAUUGCCAAGGCAAGAGCCAAGGUCUUGAAGGCAGAGAUCACGGCGAUUGGCAAUUUCAUUGAAGGCUUGCCACAGACUCCCGAGCUGAACAUUGACGAGAUCAAGCCGAAACUUUGGCGAUUCAUCUCUAAGCGGAUUCCCCCUAGUCAACCGGACAAGGAUAAGGGCGAGGCCUCGAGCUCGGAUAAGGACAAGUCGAUGACUGGCCCGCGGCUUUCGCAACUGUACCUGCAGUUGAAGACGGCAGAAGCAGAUGCACAAAAGGAAAAGGCGAAGUCUUCGAAGUCAUCGAGCUCAGGAACUGCGAAUGGAACUUCACGGGGCGAGGUCUCGCGACCAAGGCACUAG